CAGGGGGCGCUGUAUCUAAGAAAGCUCAUGAAUGCCUCCAGGGGAGCACAUAAAAGAAGACUGGUCUGUGGUGUGACAGCAAUGGUGUCAAUAAAAUGUUUGGAGCAGUAGCUCGCAAGAUAAGUGAAUGCUGUGUUAUUUUUAACAAGCGCUACGAAGACAACACAUGGUACCAGGAGUAAAAGUGGAAGAGUGGAAGCGAUAGCAGUUCGAGGUUCUGUUUGGGAUGGAAAGUUUGAAGCCACCGGAAGGACUGAAACUGGUGGGGAAUGUGGACAGCAACUGGCGGUGUUUUAAGCAGCAGUUUCAGGAAUAAGUACGACAAAGUGGUUGAAAAGUUUGAUGUACACUGUUCACCACAGAAGAACACAGUAUAUGAAAGGUAUGUUUUCCGAUCUCGGAUGCAGCAACCAGAAGAGACUUUUGAUUGCUUUGUGACUGAUUUGAAGCUAAAGGCACAGUCAUGUGAUUUUGGAGAGCUGAGGGAUUCUAUGGUUCGUGAUCAAAUUGUGUAUGGGAUCCAUGAUAAACGGACUAGAGAACGGCUGCUCAGAGAUUCCAAGCUAACUCUGGAUGAAGCAGAAAGACUGUGUCAUGCAAGUGAGUUAGCCCUGCAGCAUGCAAAGACAUUUAAUGAGACAAGCGUCACUGCAGUACAUGAUGGUGCAAAAAUAGCUGUGGUUGAAAAAAAAAUGAGGAAGAAUAUGCCACAAAAGUCCAGCAAAGAGGAUAAAGUGUACUCCUGUAAGCGAUGUGGUGGCAGACAUGAACCGAGACAGUGUCCAGCUUAUGGCAAAAGAUGUUUGAAAUGCAAUGGAAAAAAUCAUUUUGCCAAACAAUGUCUGUCUAAAGCCAAACCAAAAUCAGUGCAUGUAGUUGAAGAGACUGACUUAAGCGAGACUUUCUUUGUGGGCAUGGUGUCACUUGAGGAUGUAAAAAGUGAGCAUAACGUAUCAGAAGACAGUGAGCGACGCUCAGAUUAUGAAGAUACAUGGAUUGUUUCACUCCCAAUACAAGGAACUUUGGUGGCACUAAGGAUUGAUACAGGUGCACAGGCAAACCUAAUCAGCAUGACAGAGAUCAAUGCUAUGAAACCAAAGCCCAAACUAAUCAAGAGAGGAGUACCUCUAAAAGACUACAAUGGAAAGAAUAUUGAAAGUAGUGGUCAAUGCAGACUUAAAGUGACAAUAAAACAUAAAGAUUAUGAUGUAUUGUUUAAUGUUGUUCCAGAAGGUCGUGAAUCACUGCUGGGUGGCGUGACAUCCAAAAGAUUAAACCUAGUAGAAAGAGUGUAUCACAUCAGCUGUGCAGAAGCAGCAAGUGGACAGCGAGGAGCAGUUGACUCCAUUGUACAGCAUUAUGAGGAUGUCUUCAAAGGUUUGGGAUGUCUACCAUGCACUUACAGUAUCCAGCUGUAAGCUCCACUGAGAAAGAAGUAGAUGAUCAUGUUAAUAUGAUUGUGGAGUCUCUGCCAGUGUCUGACUCAAAGAUAAAACAAGUAUGUGAGGAGACAGCUGCAGACAGGGAGCUGCAAACGGUGAUGGACAAUAUCCAAGGAGACUGGCCCAAAGGGUCUUGUUCAAAGUAUUAUCAUGUUAGAUCAGAGCUCAAUGUGGUAAAUGGACUGCUGUUGAGAGGCAAUAGGAUUGUGAUACCACAUAGUCUGAGAAAGCAGAUACUUCAAAGAAUACAUGAGGGACACCUGGGAAUAGAAAAGUGUAAAAGGAGGGCUAGAGACACUGUGUACUGGCCUGGUAUUAAUAAAGACAUUGAGACCAUGAUUGGAAAGUGUGAAACAUGUAACAAGUUUCAGAGCAGACAGGCAAGAGAACCCAUGAUGAUUCCUGAACUUCCAACAGCGCCAUGGAGGAAAGUAGGAACAGAUUUAUUUCAUUUUAAUGGGAAAGACUACCUGUUGGUGAUAGAUUAUUACUCUAACUUUCCUGAGAUUGCUCUGCUUACAAGUAUAACUGCUAAUAAUAUGAUCACACAUGUGAAGUCUAUCUUUUCCAGGCAUGGAAUACCAGAAACUGUAAUUAGUGACAAUGGUCCUUGCUAUAACUGCAAAGAAUGGCAGAAUUUCGCAAGAGAAUAUGGCUUUAAACAUGUCACAUCAAGUCCUCAACAUCCACAGGCAAAUGGCAAGGCUGAAAAAGGAGUGCAUAUCAUCAAGCAGCUUCUGAAGAAGGCUACAGACAGUCAAUCAGAUCCUUAUUUAGCUCUGCUGAGCUACAGGACUGCUCCUCUUGACUGUGGUUUAUCCCCUGCAGAAUUGCUGAUGAAUCGUAAGCUACACACCACUUUGCCCUGCUAUGCAGAAAGCAAGCAGAGUGAAGAAAUUAUAAAAAAGCAAGAGCAUCUGAAAUGGAAACAAAAACGGCGGUACGACAAGGGAACAAGAGCACUUGGAUUGCUUGCAAAGGACGAUGUAGUGAGAAUCCAAGAUCAGAAUGCAUGGAGCAGGAAAGCCAUUGUUCUUCAGGAAGCAGGUCCGAGAUCAUAUGACGUAAGAACUGAAGAAGGUCAUGUGUUCAGAAGGAACCGUCGCAAAUUACUAAAGACUAAAGAGACAUUUCAGGAGGAACGAAGUGGUGAGGAAGAUGAAAAUGUUGAUGUGUCACAUGCAGAGACAGUGUCUGAUUUGAAACCACUGGAUGGACAUGAGUAUGUGGAGAAAAGUGAAGUGGUUUCAGAACCUGUAUUGAGGAGGUCAGAGCGUAAGGUCAAAAGACCAGUUAGACUUAAUCUGUAAAGCUAAAACUGGAUUUGUUUUUAUCUUAUAUUUUGAUGGUGUUGAAAAAAACAAUUGAAAAAAUAUUAAUGUAAAACAAUUAUGUGUAUAUGUUAAUUUAUAAGACCUAUGUUGUAUAUAAUUCAGAGGAAAGGGGAUGUGUUGAUAUGUAGGUGUUCAUGUAAUGAUAAGGUUUACCAGCAGGGGGCGCUGUAUCUAAGAAAGCUCAUGAAUGCCUCCAGGGGAGCACAUAAAAGAAGACUGGUCUGUGGUGUGACAGCAAUGGUGUCAAUAAAAUGUUUGGAGCAGUAGCUCGCAAGAUAAGUGAAUGCUGUGUUAUUUUUAACAAGCGCUACGAAGACAACACAGAACCAG